AUGACUCACCUUCCAAAAAUUAAUCAAGAAAAUAUUUUAUAUGAUUGUAAAGGUAAUGUUGCAUCUUUAUAUAUAGAUCUUAAGUCUCAAUAAUGUGAAAAUGUUAUGUUUGAUAAAACAAUGAAAAGUAUAAAUUAAUAUUCAUAUAGAGGUUUUGUUCUAAAAGUCGGACCUUCUAAUUUAUUCACCUACCAUAACUCUGAUGAUGUAUAUAUUAAAGGUUCCAAAUUAUACAUUCAAAUAUACUUGAUUGAAAAGCUAAAAUUGAUACUUGAACUUCAGAAUAAAUAAGAAGUAAUUUUUAAAUUUAUACAUUUAAGUAUUGUAGGAUUAUAGUAAGUCCCAAUUUAUAGCAAACAUAUAUUAAAAAAUCAGAUGAAAUAAAAAUCUCAAGUGCUUUUAUAUUAACAAAUAAAUGGAUUAGUCUAUCAUUUGAUAUUGAGAGUUUCUUUAAGGAACCAGAACAUUAAUUUAGAAUGUUAAGUAUUCAUUCUCUUUGUAGAUUAAAGAAAAUCUAUGAAGGUAAUCAAACUAAUAACAUUAAGUAUUCUAAUUUAGUAAAAUAGUGAUGGAUAAUGUUUAAUUUAAAAGAUAUGUGAGAAGAGAAUAUUAGAAUUGUUACCUAAUAGUAUAAGAGCUUAAUCAGAGAAGACAGAAUUAAGAAAGAAUUAAUUGGGUUCUUAAUAAUAGAGACGUUUAUCUACUAUUUCUAAUUCUUAAGAGAAAUUAACUUAAACUGAAUCAGAUCAUAAAAUAAAUUACAUCAAAUACAAAAACUUAAACUUUUAAGAAUUACCAAAAAAUGCUAAUUAAAGUAUGAAAACCAAAUCUACUACUUUGUCUUAUAAUAAAAACUCAAAAAAAAUACAAGUAUUAUAACAAUAUUAAAAAGAAUUAACAAAUCAGAAAAAACAAAAUGAAACUAAAAGUAUAUCAUAAUAAUAAUAAUUAUAAUCUUAACCAAUUUUAAUAUAAGGAUCAAAUUAAAAAGAAUAAUUAUCUUAGAUUUCAUCAAAUAGAUCUAAAAAAUUAACAUAAAUUAGUGGAAAUCUUACAAAGUAGCUUUCUCAUGAAUGUUUACUUGAAAAAACUAUUAAAUUAGCAACUGGUUUAUAAGUAAUAGAAGAAGUUAAUAUAAAUAAACCUCCAGUAUAUUCAAAAUCUAAUUCAACUAAAAAUACAACUUAAACUUAGUUAUAAAAAAAAGCUGUUUAAAGUUUUCUGAGACAUACUUAAGAAUUUUAAAAUGGCAGUCAUUUUUCUCAUGAACUCUUUGAUGAUAAUGAAUUAGGUUAUAAAUAUUCAUAAGUUAGUUAAGGAAUUAAAGAUUUAUAUUAUGAAAGUGAUAAUUCUGAAUAUUAAACAAAAUAUGGUAAGUUUUCAAGCACUUUUACUAGACCCUUAGGAUUAUCAUCUUAAAAUAAUAGAUUAUAAUAAGGUAAUACAAAUGAAUAAUUUUACUUAAGUAGUUAAUAAAUAGAAUAAAAUUGUAGUCCAAAUCAAACUGUAAAUGAUAUAGAAGAGUAAAUUGAUGUUCCAGAAAUUAAAAGCAAAAUAACUGAUGAUAGUUUCAAUUCAAUGAAUGGAUUAUAAAUAAAAUAAGAAGAUAGUUAGGAAGAUUUAGCAAUUUCUAAAUUCGAAUGA